AUGGGGAGGGCGCCGAGCGGUGUGUGGAACAUGGCGCUUCUGGGACUGGCCGUCGCGGUGGUUCUUGCGGUGGCCACCGAGGCGCGGUCCCUGGAGAAGCAGAACCUGUGCGGUGGGUGCGGGCUUGGUGGCGGCCUUGGGCACGGUGUAGGGCUUGGGUUUGGAGGAGGGAAGGGUGGUGGUUUCGGUGGGGGUGCAGGCGGUGGAGGCGGCCUCGGUGGUGGAGCUGGAGGCGGCUUAGGCGGAGGAGGAGGGCUUGGUAGCGGUGAAGGAGGUGGUUAUGGUGGUGGUGCCGGCGGAGGUGCUGGUGGAGGCGGCGGCCUUGGGGGUGGUUCCGGUGGAGGUCUCGGCGGUGGUGAAGGCGGAGGAGGCGGGCUUGGUGGCGGUGCUGGUGGAGGCGGUGGUCUUGGUGGCGGAGGAGGAGCCGGGGCUGGUGGUGGUUACGGCGGAGGAGCAGGUGCGGGUGGUGGCACUGGCGGGGGGUAUGGCGGAGGUGCUGGUGCAGGAGGUGGCGCGGGAGGCGGAUAUGGCGGAGGUGCCGGUGCAGGAGGCGGUUACGGUGGAGGAGCUGGUGGGGGCACCGGCGGUGGAUACGGUGGAGGUGCAGGCGCAGGAGGUGGCUCCGGAGGCGAGGAGCUGGCGGUGGUGCCGGUGGUGGCUACGGUGGAGGUGCUGGCGGUGGGGGUGGCCUUGGCUCUGGCGGCGGCGGUGGUUAUGGUGGUGGUGCCGGAGGUGGAGGUGGCAUCGGCGGCGGUGUCUGAUUCACCCGGCCUCUUACAUGCAUGCACGGCGAGUGCAUGCAAGUGCUCGCAGCUCGACUGCAUGCAAGUGCUCGACGCACUCCUCGACAGGCAUGCGUGGAGUCAUCAAGCUAUAGCAUGUGUGUGCUAUACCGAUCGACCCUGA